AUGGUUAGCAGGAGUACAUUCAGCGCUGCAUCUGGCUGGAUAAGCAUCUUGAGCUGGUUCGUCGUAUAUAGUCCCCAGAUUUACGAGAACUACGUCCUUCAAUCUGCCUCUGGUCUGUCGCUCACCUUCGUCGUGAUAUGGCUGCUCGGGGAUAUCACCAAUCUCGUUGGCGGCUUCAUGGUACACCUCCUACCGCCUAUGCUCAUCCUCGCGCUGUACUACACGGCGUGCGACGUCAUACUCCUGUGGCAGAUGUGGAUUUAUCGGGGAAACAACGGGAUUAGUGAGUGUGGAAGUGGGAGCGGGAGUGAGGAGGGUGUUGCACCAACGCAUCCCACCGAAUCAGACAGACUUUUGAGCGUACAGGAGCAACACCGCCACCAGCAACAGGAAUCUCACCAGCUAUUCGUCAACCUCCUCUGCACAGCACUCGUAGUUUUCGGAGGAGCGCUAUCAUUCAUCCUCAACGCCGACAAGGAAUAUAUGGGAACACCACCUCUCCAUUCAACCCCCACAGCUCAAUUUGCAGGCUGGACGAGUGCUGUACUCUACAUACUCUCGCGUUUCCCCCAGAUUAUCAAAAACACCCACACUCACUGCGAUGGCCUUUCGAUACCCCUCUUCGCAUUCGCGUUGUGCGGUAAUUGCAGCUACGUCGCUCAAGUUCUCUUUGAGAGCACCGAUGGGGAUUAUUUGUGGAUUAACAUGAGUUGGCUCGUUGGAACUAUCGGCACCGUUCUCCUCGAUCUCGUCGUUCUCUCUCAGUUCGCUUACUACCGUUAUCGCGAUAGUUGUUUAAAGCAAGAAACUGAUGAAGCGGAUUAG